AUGCACUAAAAUCUAGAAUGUACUAUUAGUUUAAGAUAUAAGAAUGUACUUGCUUACAAAAUUAUGAAUCAAAUUUCUUAAGAAAUAUAAAAAGGUCAAAGAAUUAAUAUUAAAGAUAAAGAUCAAGUUUAAAUAAUUAAAUCCUGUAGAUCCUUAACAAUAUUAGGUUACCUUUAUAUUUAGAAAUACAUUAAACUAUAAAAUAAAGAGAAGGAUUUCAGAGAAAAUAUAAGAAACUAGAUUGAUGAUCUUCAAUAAUAAGGCACCUUAGAAAAAGCUUUCUUAUUAGAAGAAGCAAUGAAUUGCAAAACUAAAGAAGAGUAUAAAUAGAUUAGUACUAUCAUAAAAUUAAUCGUAAAUGUGUUAAUAGAUUUUGGAUCUGAUUCAUUUCAUUUUACAUAAAUAUUUGAUGUUAUUAUAAAUGCUUUAUUACUUACAGGAAAUAACACUACUAUUGGAAAAGAUCAUCAAUUAUUAUAAAUAUUAGAUAAAUUAUAAAUAUUACUUGAAUAAACAACAUAACCAUAUUUAUUGACUAUAGCAAUGGAGUCAAUAUUAAAUGCAUCUACAUAUAUGGAGAAAUCAACAGAUUUUGUGCAACCUAAUUUAAUAGCAAGAAUUUUAAUAGUUAAAGUAUAUAAGUUAAAUAAAUUAGAUUCCAUAUAUUGAUGAUCUAUUAAAUUAUUUUGGUAAUUAUUUAGGUAGAUGUUAUAAAUUUGAAUAUAGAAUGUUUUAAUCUAUGUUAAACUUUGGCAUUACAUAAUAAACACUUGAAUUGAUAUUAAGAUUAAGCAAAUAUUUUGUUAAAACUUAUUAAACUGAAAUUUUAAUGGAAAUAAAAAAAAAUCUUAUUCCAAAAUUAAUAAAAUAUAUGAAAAAUAUCAAUUGUUUUGAUUCAAUUUAAAAUAUAUUUAAUUACUACUUAAUUUCAUCAUUUUAAUAAUUAGGUGAUCAAUAAUUAGAUAAAAAGUAUCUUAAUGAAAUAAUAAAAAAUUAUGAUGAUAAUUUUUCAUUUUACCAUUAAGAAUAAUUACAAAGAAUUGCAAAUUUUAUUGUAUUAUUACCUUCAAAUACUCAAAAAAAAGAAUUUAUUAAUUUUGAAUCUUUAUAAGCAAAAUUAAAAAAAAAAAAUAUUUCAAUGUAAUCAACAUAAACAUCUUAAUUAUGUAAAAGUGAGAAAAUUUAAAUUUGGUUUAAUGAUGAAAAUCCAUAAAUAAAAGAUAAAUAUGCAACCUAGAAAUUAGUUGGUUUAAAAAAUUUAUUAAAUAGUAUAAAUUUAAAUAUAUUUCAAUUAGCUUGCUAUUUAAAUAGUUUCAUCUAAGCAUUAUUUUGGAGUUUAGAUUUUAGAGAACUAAUUAUAAAUAAAUUUAAAAGAGAAAAAAUUGAAUUUUUAAAACCAUAUAGUUUAAAAACCAACUUUUUAAGAGUAUAAUAUUAUAUAUAAUAUAUAGUGUUUCUUAUUUUUGGAUUCAGUUAGUGAUGAAAUUAAUUUUACUCCAUUAUUAUUAAAAAGAUCCUUAAGAGAACCUUAUAAAACAGAUAUUAGACAAUAAGAUGCUGCUGAAUUUGGUGUUCAUUUGUUUGAAGAUAUGGAAAAUAAUUUUGAUCCAGAAGAAUAUGUAAAAAUCUAGUUAAUUUUAUAUAUAGCAAUAAAUAAAAGAGAUUUUUUAUGGUAUGUCAUAAUCUACAUUUUAAUGUAAUAAAUGUGAAAAAAAAACAAAAGGUCCAGAUGAAGAAUUUAUGUAUAUCACUUUAAACUUUGAAGAUGAUAGAAGUGUAAAAGAGGAAAUAGAAAAAAUGAUAUUGAGGCAUUAAAUGAAUGAAUAAAUUACAUAUAAUUGUGAUUAAUGCAAAAAUACUAGUUAGAGUACAAGGACAUUAUAAUUUUCAAAAUUACCUAAAAAUUUAAUUAUUUAAAUUAAUAGAUUUGAAUUUCAAAAAGGAAAUAGAUAUAAAAUAACUGAUUAAAUCAAUAUCAAACCAAUAAUAUAAAUAAAAGAGAAUCAAAAAUUAUUAAAUUAUGAAUUGUAUUCAAUCAUUAUACAUUUUGGAGAAAUACCAGAUACUGGUCAUUAUACUGUUUAUUGUAAAGUGAAAGAAGAUUGGUAUCAUUUUGAUGAUAGCAUUGUACAAAAAAUUGAUAAAGAUUUUGGAAAUGUUUAAAAGAAUUUUAAGUAAAAUUAUUAAUAAUUUUAUAUUUAGAAAAGAAGAAACCCCAUAUUUGUUAUUCUUAAGAAGAAAAAAUGGAUGA